AGUACCACGAAGAUUUUCUAUACAAACCGUGAAGUUAAAAAAAAAAUCAAAAUCUAUACAUCUACAUAUUUAAAAAGAAAAAUCGUUCAACUUCUCUCUGUGUUGGUUUGAAGCUCAUAUCCGAAUCUAGAGCCGAUUUGAACUUGCAGUCUAGCCAACAGUCCGCGGGUGAUUUCACGUCAGCCGUGUCGUCUGGCCUGUGACGAGUCUACCGUCUGCAAAUAAAGUUGUUGUGUCUGCGGCCGAGACGAGGGUCGGUUGCUUAUUUCUUUCAGUGUCGGACUUAAUUAAAAAAGUGAAUUUAUUCAAGGUGGUUUUUUUUCUUUCUAUCAACACACCGGUUAGACUAAUUGGAGUUAUCAACGUGUGUAAAUAAUAAGAUGUCACAAGCCUAAAUCCCCCCCCCCCCCCACCCCACUCCACCAAACCUCGCGCACCAGGUUCGAACCCCACUUAAACCUAUCAAUGCGAGCGUACUGUAUGGAGAGUGGAUUGUCCCUGGCAACGAAGCUGAUCCCCAACUUUCACACGGAUUUUCUCUCGACUGGUACGAUGCCCACACAGACCACGUCCAAGGAACUCUGUACCGGAUGCCACGCCCCCAUCGAGGACAGGUACCUGCUCAAGGUCAUGGACGAUUCGUGGCACGAGGCCUGCCUGCAGUGUGCCCUGUGCAGGGUCCCGCUUACAGGUUCCUGUUUCUCACGUGACCGGAAGUUGUACUGCAAACAUGACUACGACAAGUUCUACGCCACCAAAUGCAACGGCUGCCUCCAGUCGGUGCCCCCCAACGAGCUGGUCAUGAGGGCAUCAAGCUUCGUCUACCAUCUGCCCUGCUUCUGCUGUAUCGUCUGCGGGCAGAGGCUGCAGAAGGGGGAUGAGUUCGUUCUGCGGGACGGACAACUCUUCUGUCGUCUGGAUUACGAGAAGGAGUUCACGUUCUUACCCAUGAGCCCGAAAAGUGAUCUCAGCGACUGUUGCUAUGACGACGGCGAUGGCGGCGACCUGGGCAAUAGUAAAGGACCCAAGCGACCCCGGACCAUCCUCACCACCAGCCAGAGACGGAAGUUCAAGGCCUCGUUUGAGGUCAACCCUAAGCCCUGUCGGAAGGUGCGCGAAUCUCUGGCAGCAGAGACAGGUUUAAGUGUCCGUGUCGUGCAGGUGUGGUUCCAGAAUCAACGAGCAAAGGUGAAGAAAAUAGCCCGCAAACAGAAUCUUGAAACCAACAACAACAACAGCAAUAACAACAACAACAACAGUGACAGUAACAGCAGUAAGAAAUCCGCCAAGUCGCAGAAGAAGAAAAAACCAGAGGAGGACAGCGAUUCGUCCGAUUGUAAUAUGGAUAACAACAGCAGCGAUGAGCCGUUGUCUGCGGAACAUUCUACAUACCUAUCCAGUGCCAGUGACAGCAGGUACUCCGGCAGUCUCCGGCCGUACGACCUCUCCACACAUUCCAAUCACAUGUUUUCUGGCCAAGAUGGCAGUGAGAGCAUGUACCCUGACACCCCCGUGGGCCUGGAGGAUGGGAUGGACCACUUCGAUCACGUGCUCAUGUCAGAAAGUCACCAGCACCCCGGGGUCGUCGGCCCGGGGCUGGGGGGCGUCAUCAACCCUAUAGAUAAACUCUACUCCAUGCAGAGCUCAUACUUCAGCUCGGAGUAGCCGCCCUUGAUAUAAGACAAACCAUUCCCUUGUAAUUAAAAUAACUUAUAUGUGAACUUCGGCUUUUUUUGUGAACAGUUUUAAAUAAAUAUAAAAUUAUUUAUUUCUUGUAAGGGGAAUUACUCUAGCAAGAAGAGUGAAUUACCGUUCCUGAAUUUGUUUUAAAUUUUGUAUACAUAAUUAUAAGGUACCUAUCCUCGUAGAAAAUAAUACAUUUUCAGAAGAUGUGAUAAUAUUAUAGCACUUUUAAAAGGAAAUUAAAACAAUGGGCAUGCUAAUAUUUAUAAACUACGCUGUAUUAGGUUUUAAUUAUCAUAAAGUGAAUUGGAACUUUUUUUUACCG